AUGGCUGACCAAUACGGUGGAUACGCCAGUAAGGAUUUUGGGGGUGCUGCUCCGUAUAGCGUUCCUCCACCACCGAUUAAUCAGAGCUACAGUCAGCCUCCCCCGAUGAGCAAGUUUGGUGGUGGGGGUACCGGCGGCUACGGACAGCAGAGUUCCGGUUCUGUUGGCGGUGGAUACGGUAGCCAAAGUGAUUAUAACGGUGGCGGAGGCCGUGGUGAUAGUGGUGGCUACGGUGGUGGCAAUCGUGGCGGAAACAGCUACGACAGAAGAGGUGGUAACCAAACCGGCGGAUACAGCAGUGGCGGCGGCAACAAGGGUGGUUAUAACAAAGGCGAGGGUGAAAUGAUCACACAGGAGGAUACAAUCUUUAUCCAAGGAAUGACACCGGAAACUACCGAAGAGGAAAUUGCCGAACGCUUCGGGUCGAUCGGUGUAAUAAAGCGUGACAAGCGUACGCAGAAGCCCAAAAUCUGGAUGUACAAGGAUAAAGAAACGGGCAAUAUGAAGGGUGAAGCCACUGUUACCUAUGACGAUGCUAGCGCCGCGCAGUCCGCCAUCGGAUGGUUCGAUAAUAAGGAAUUCAAUGGGGCCGUGGUGAAGGUGACGCUUGCCCAACGUUUUAGCAACUGGCAGAAUAAGGGUGGCAACCGAGGUGGCUUCAACAAAGGAGGAGCUGGAGGCGGUGGAUAUGGCGGAGGCAACCGGAUGGGCGGCGGUGAUCGCGGUGGAUCGAGUGGGGGUGGCGAUCGUGGUGGCUUCAGCCGCGGCGGUGGUGAUCGAGACGAUAGCAGAUCACGGCCCCCACCUGGUGGUGCAAUGGGAGGAGGAGCACGUGGUGGAUUCGGUGGUGGAGGUGGCGGUGGAAGCGGCGGAGGACAGGAUCGCGAAGGUGACUGGAAUUGUGGUGAAUGUAACAACAAGAACUUUGCUUGGCGCAAUGAAUGUAAUCGCUGCAAGGCACCAAAGGGUGAUGGUGCCGGCAGUGGCUCCGAUGGUGGCAGUCGCGGAGGGUAUGGUGGUGGUGGCAACCGGAAUGGUGGAGGAGCGGGAGGUGGCCGAGAUCGGGGUUCGUUCGGUGGUGGACGAGGUGGCGGUGCUGGCGGCCAGGAUCGUGGAUACGGCGGUGCGAAUCGUGGAGGACGCGACAAUGGCGGCAGUGGAGGAGGUUACGGUGGUGGAGCGAUGCGGGGAAAUGACAGAAACAACAGGAAUGAUCAACGACAACGCCCGUACUAG